AAGCUACCCGCGAUAGCGUCAACGCGCGCCUUCCCUUCUUCUUGUCGUUAGACACAACGAAUGCCCGACGACUGGUUGGCUGAAAAUGUCGGCGACGUCGUGCGUACCAUUAGCUCGGCCGUCACGACGUUACCGUCGGAUUAACCUUAGCCGAGUGUUGCAUACGCGAACGCCGCGGUUUCAUCGGAGCUAUGCACUUGAGCAACUUUACGGCGCCGGGCCGUUUGUAGGACCGACCGGGAACGAUUCGGGGAUCAGCGUCGUCGAAAAUAUUAGAAAAUGACUGACGAUAAAACGGAAUUCGACUGGGGAAACGAGAAACUGCAACGUGCUCAAAAAACGGUAGAUGAGUCGCCUUAUGAUUUGGAAGCAUGGAGCAUUCUCAUUCGAGAAGCACAAAACAGACCUAUUACAGAAGUGAGGCCAGUUUUUGAGAAACUUGUUACUGUAUUUCCUUCAGCUGGUCGUUAUUGGAAGAUUUAUAUAGAACAAGAGAUGAAAAUGCGCAACUUUGAGAAGGUGGAAAAGCUAUUCCAAAGGUGCCUCAUGAAAAUCUUAAAUAUUGAGUUGUGGAAACUUUACCUUUCUUAUGUCAAAGAAACAAAAGCCAGUCUUGCAACAUAUAAGGAAAAAAUGGCACAAGCAUAUGAUUUUGCAUUGGACAAAAUUGGAAUGGAUAUUCAUUCGUACAGUAUUUGGAAUGACUAUGUUAUGUUCUUGAAAAGUGUCGAAGCAGUUGGUUCAUAUGCUGAAAAUCAGAAAAUUAGUGCAGUACGCAAGGUAUACCAACGCGGUGUUGUUAAUCCUAUGAUUAAUAUGGAACAAUUAUGGAAAGAUUAUAUGGCAUUUGAACAAAAUAUUAACCCAAUAAUUGCAGAGAAAAUGGCGAUUGAACGUUCUAGAGAUUACAUGAAUGCUAGACGGGUUGCUAAGGAAUUGGAAGCUGUAACUAGAGGAUUAAAUAGGAGUGCUCCUAGUGUUCCUCCGACCGGACAUCCAGAAGAAGUUAAACAGGUGGAACUGUGGAAAAAAUACAUUGCUUGGGAACGCAGUAAUCCCUUAAGAACAGAAGAUACUUCCUUAGUUGCUCGCAGAGUAAUGUUUGCUAUUGAACAAUGUUUGCUAUGUCUGGGUCAUCAUCCUGCAGUAUGGCAUCAAGCUGCACAUUUCUUAGAACUGAGUUCAAAAAUAUUAACGGAAAAAGGGGAUGUAAAUGCCGCAAAAAAUUUAAGUGACGAAGCUGCUACAAUGUUUGAAAGGGCAACUAGCACACUAUUAUCAAAAAAUAUGUUACUAUAUUUUGCACAUGCAGAUUUUGAAGAAGGAAGAGUAAAAUAUGAAAAAGUUCAUCAAAUAUAUCAAAAGUUCCUUGAUAUACCCGAUAUCGAUCCUACAUUAGCUUUUGUACAGUAUAUGAAAUUUGCCAGACGCGCAGAAGGUAUAAAGUCUGCUAGAACGGUCUUUAAAAGAGCGAGGGAAGAUCCAAGAUGUAAACAUCAUGUAUACGUUGCUGCUGCAUUAAUGGAAUAUUAUUGUACUAAGGAUAAAAAUAUCGCAUUUCGGAUAUUUGAAUUGGGUUUAAAAAAAUUCGGAGACAACCCUGAUUAUAUACUUUGUUACAUCGACUACUUAUCGCAUUUAAAUGAGGAUAAUAAUACAAGAGUUUUAUUUGAGAGGGUUUUAUCUUCUGGUAGUUUAGAACCAGAGAAAUCAGUUGACAUAUGGAAUCGGUUUUUAGAAUUUGAGUCAAAUAUCGGUGAUUUGGCUAGUAUUGUUAAAGUUGAAAAAAGGCGAAGUGCAGUUUUAGAAAAGAUUAAAGAAUUUGAGGGCAAAGAAACUGCACAAUUAGUAGACAGGUAUAAGUUUUUGGAUUUAUACCCUUGUACUCCAAUGGAGUUGAGGUCUAUAGGGUAUAUGGAAGUAUCUAGUGUUGCCAGAAGUACAGCUGGUGUAUUACCGCGAAUUCCCGAUCCCGAGGAAGCUAUAGCAUCCUUACCCAGACCUGAUUUGUCACAAAUGAUUCCUUACAAACCAAAAGUAAACCCGCUACCUGGAGAACAUCCAGUACCCGGAGGAUCUUUCCCGUUACCGCCGGCAGCAGCACAACUUUGCACCAUGCUCCCACCACCUGGUUGUUUCAGGGGUCCGUUUGUAGCAGUUGAUCUACUCAUGGACGUUUUCAAUAGAAUUCAGUUACCAGAACAUGCCCCAUUACCGGUAGCAGAUAAUGGAUGUGACACAAAGUUGUUUGACCUCGCGAAAUCAGUGCAUUGGAUCGUUGAUGAGAGCAACGAUGGUGUCAGUAUCGGUUCGAAACGGAGAAGGACGCGUUUGGGAGGUGACGACAGUGAAGAAGAAGAUUUACCUCCACCUCCCGCAAAUGACAUAUACCGCCAAAGACAACAAAAGCGAGUAAAAUGAGCACAAAAUGAAAUAACUGAGACCAGAGCUUUACACAUCGUCUUCAUGCAUUCUGAGGAACCUUGAUACACGUUGUCAUAUAUAUUUUUACAUUUUCCGUUUGUUCUGGAAACGAGUGUUUCCAAAAAGAGCAAACCUAUUAUUAUCGAGAAGCGUACGUUACGUAUAUGAGCAAUUACUAAAUUCCUUAUGUGACACUGUGCACGAUAUUUUGAGUACUAUGUACUCAGAAGUUCUACCUUCAUACUGUUAAUUUCGUCUUUCUUCGAAUGUGUUCAUUCACACACGGAUUAUUGAAUCGCAUUCGAGAUGAGGACACUGCGAAAUGUCUAAUAGGUUAAACAUGAUUAUAUUGUUACCUACUUCGUUGUACACGAUAAAUUUAGUAUAUAAAUAUACGAUCAAGAUUUAAUUUUUACACCAAUGAUCAAUAUCGAUUUAUGUUAUAUGUGAAAAAUAUUGUUUGGAACUCGUGGAUCUGUCAAUACGAGCAUUUAACGAUAAUGAUGAUUGACAUGAUCUAUGCAUUCUUACUAAGAAAAAAUAAUUUCUUAUUAUUAUUAUUAUUAAAUUGAUACGACAAGAAUGGUACUAUUUACAACGUCCAUACAUUCUACGUGAAUUUCUCACGAAUGGUACACAAUAUCAAAGACACGAUCUAUUCGUUUUGUCCAGCAAACAAUCUAUUUAAUGCGUACAGCACCAAGCGAAUGUAUUCGAACAAAUAGUUCUCUCAUUCUGUCUUACUUAUUUAUACCUAUUAAUUUUUCAAAAGUGCGUACAUGUACUUUAUAAAGUUUAUUAAAUCCGAAAUUUAAUCUUGUAUAACAAAUUUAAAAGGGAGGAUACUAAAUAUCAUGACGCAACUAUUUGUCUUGAUACAU